AUGGGUGGGGGUAGUAGUGCCAGCUUCUCACACCACAAGACGGGAAGCAAUGACACCUAUUUACCGGAUGAUUGGGUGGCAUCUUCUGCUUGGCCUGCCGUUUUGACAGCUCCGAGCUCGUGUAGCCACAUUUUUCGUGUAGGCGAAGGGAGGGAGGGCGAUCCGGACCAUUCGAUCCUGGACUCGAUGGGUCGCGAUCAUUGGCUUAGCCAACGUGCUCUUUACUCACUUUCGUCUUCAGUGAAUUGCCUUGACUUUACUGCUUUGAUUGAGCAAGAGGCCCAUCAUAAUCAUUGGACUCUCACUGACUUCUUACUUGGACUUGGAGCUUCUCUGCUGAUGACGAUUCUAAUGUCAAGUCUCACGUCGACUAGCACAGACCCGAAUAUCUACAGCUGGACUGGGCCUACGGACUACGAUGAAAAUCUUCAGUUUCGUUUUCUCGCGAUACCCGCAGCCCCAAAGCCACUGCCGUCCUUCCGUGAAUCGGGUCCCAGCUUAGGCUUUAUCUUCCCUCACCCGCGCUCCCGACCUCAACCACACCGAUCCAAGGAUAUCCAAGGAUCACCAUCGGAAGGGUGGCCGAGUUGGUUAUGGCGCCAGGUUAAGGUCAGCUUAACAUGUGUUUCUUGGUGGGGCAACCCGCGCGAGUUCGAGUCUCGUCCCUUUCAUUUUCGUGUUUUUGAUGGCGGUGACAAUCACAGCUGUAUGACCAUUGAGCUACCGAAAUCCUGCGCUCAGAUGAGCACAAGGCUCUCUAUCACAGGAAGAAUAUUCAUGAACAUAUCACUGAUCUCAUAA